GUGUUUUCUUAUUAGUUUUUCGUUUAAAAAUGGGAAGGAUGGCAUGCUGUGAGAAGGUAGGGUUGAAGAAAGGACCAUGGACACCCGAAGAAGACAAGAAGCUUAUUUCUUAUGUUGAAAAACAUGGUCACGGAAACUGGCGUUCAGUUCCUGCCAAAGCGGAUCUUCAAAGGUGUGGGAAGAGUUGCAGACUGAGGUGGAUUAACUACCUGAAGCCAGAUAUAAAACGAGGAGACUUCAGCUUGGAGGAAGAUCACACCAUUCUUCAACUCCAUGCUCUUCUAGGAAACAAAUGGUCAAUCAUAGCAGCACAUUUGCCCAAGAGAACAGACAAUGAGAUAAAGAACUAUUGGAACACCAACAUCAAGAAAAGACUCAUCAGAAUGGGCUUAGAUCCUAAAACCCACAAACCAAUGAAACCCAACACGUUUGAAGGCUAUGGUGAUAGUCAUGAUCACUCCAAGGACAGCAUCAAUAUGGGCCACGUGGCACAAUGGGAGAGUGCUCGAGUCGAAGCUGAAGCAAGAGGAUCUAUGUUGCAAGUAGGAUCUGGAUCCUCACUACUCCCUCGACUAUUCCUAAGCAAAAUUCCAACUCAUCAACCUCUUUCAACCCAGCACGGGAUAAUGUAUAACAUGCAUGCCCUAGUUCUUGCAAUAAAUCAUGAAAUUAAGUCAUCAGUAUCCACUUUGGGUAUCCCUAAGUUUCCCACCCUUACUACCAACAUUGGACAAUUCACGGACGCGGAAAGCUCACGCGGUAAUGUCAUAGAAAUUAAUAGUCAAAUUCAAAAAGAAAUGAAAAAUUAUGUGUCAGACUUGAAAGAUGAUGAUGACAUUAUGGUGGCUGUGGAAGCAUUCAGAACAGCAAGAUGUGAGAGUAUUGAAGAGUUGUUUAACGGGUCCACUUCCAUGGUAAUAUAAUAACUUUUUUUGAUAGAGAUUUGUAGAAGAGUAUGGAAAUGGAAAGUGCUACUUGCAUAUUGGGUUGAGUGUCUCACCUUCUCUUGCAAAAAUUGGUUAACUUUAACGAUUCCACUGCUUAUCUUUUGAUGUUACGUCUUUCAGUGUGUCUUGAACUAUAGUCUAUAUGACAGGUGCUGAAUUGUCUUCAGUAUAAUUUUCUCGUGUUUUGAUGCCAGUGUUGAGCAUUCCAUGUGUUUAAUUAAGAUCUAGUUUCCUUUAUAUUUAAUGAACCUUUUCUCUUAUAAUAAAAAAAUUACUGUGAGGCCAUGGUCAAGAGGUUCCAUGUGUCACCUAUCACAUCUCUUGUUUCUAUAUUA